AUGGCAUCCCGUCAGGAAGAGCUCCUGGCCAAAAAGGCUCGCUUGGCGGAGCUGAAACGACAGAGAGAACUACGACAGGAGCAACUGUCUUCCAAGCGACAGAGUAUUGGUGCAGAGGCACCAUCACCAGGUCGCACUGCAGAAGAGCGUCGAAGCGAGAUCGACAAUUUGGUGUCCAGUCUGAUCGAUCGCAAGCGGGACAGUCUCACUGCAUCCCCAAGCCGAAGAGAUGGCAGCAGACCCAGUUCCCUGUAUGGUGCUGGGGCUGGCACGGCCUCGCUGGAGGCUGGAGAGUCGUCGCCUCGACCACAGAUGCAGUCGAUGGGCACGCAGACUUUACCGGCCAACGCCAUGAUCGAGGAUGGCGACACAGCACCCCCUCCCCCAACCACUCCCGCGAAGAGCGAAUACAUCACAUACACGAAAGGCGUCCAGACAGACUCUUAUCUAGACGACUCUGCUGCUCCUGAAGGCAGCGAUGAAGACGAUGUGCGACGCCGGUCAAGGAGGAGAUCAAGUAGAAGGGACCCUGAUCAAGAGGAGGAAAUCCGAGCAAACCUGCGGAAGGAGAUUGAAGAGGAACUACGCGCGGCGGAGCACAAUGAGCAUGGAGCAGAAGUCAACGGCCAGAAGCAACGUUUUCCUCUACGAACACUUACAGACAACGAAUUGAACGCGGUAACAGCGUCGACCGAGUUCGCCUCUUUCGUGGAGCGUUCCUCGAAAGUCAUUGAGCGUGCUCUCGACGAAGAAUAUGAUCUGCUGGCUGACUAUACCCGAGCUGCCACUCUCAACGAGGACGACGACGAAGCGCCAUAUGCUCGUACCAGCAGGAAAGCACACUCGUUACGCGAGACACUGCAACUCUUCUCCGAUCGGCACAGCCGGCGACGCAUGAUCUCAGAUAUUCAGUUCUCACCUCAUUUCAACGAGCUGCUCCUUACCUCAUACACCAAGAACCCUUCAGCUCCUAACGAAUCUCCCGGGCAAGUACUACUCUGGAAUGUACACGCACCUUCUCGACCCGAGUAUGUGUUUGCGAGCGGUAGCGAUGUCCUCUCCGCGCGGUUCUCGCCCUUCCAUCCCAACUACGUAAUCGGUGGCUGUUACUCAGGUCAAAUUUGUCUAUGGGAUACCCGCUCCAAUAACCCACAGCCUGUCCAACGUACGCCACAGUCCGGCUCACACCUCGGCCAUACCCAUCCUGUCUACAACAUCUCCAUCAUUGGCACCCCCAAUGCUCACAAUAUUCUCACUGCAUCCAUGGACGGCGUCGUUUGCUCCUGGUCCUUCGACAUGCUGACCUCAGCACAAGAGUACCUCGUCCUGCACACGCCACCCCCAGCUAAAACCGAGGAUCUGGCACCUACCGCCCUUUCCUUCCCCGCCGCAGAUCCGACCUUCUUUCUCGUUGGCACUGAAGAGGGUAGCAUAUACCCCUGCCACCGCUACGACCGCGCAGGUGCGAAAGCAGGCGUUGACACUCGCCUCGCCUAUCGAGGCCAUACCGCACCUGUCAUGUCCACUCACUUCCAUCCCUCCCGCGGUCCAAUUGACCUAGGCGACCUUCUUCUCAGCUCCUCCUCAGACUGGAGCCUGAAACUGUGGCGUGUCAAACCCGCAGCAUCCUCCUCCGCAGCCGCCGCAGCAAAUACCUCUUCACUCUCCUCAUUAACCGGAGCGCCCGCCAACCAGCCUGCCGCCCUUCCCCCGUUACUAGACAUUGGCCGCGAAGACCUCGUCUACGAUGCACGCUGGCAUCCCCACCGCUCGAGCAUUUUCGCGACCGUCACCGGCGCAGGCGAUCUGGAAGUGUUUGAUCUCCUUUACGACACCGAAGUGCCCAUAACCAAGGCGACGCCGACGCGGGGCAAGAACGGAGUCAUGCCGUUCCGUGGUCUCAACAAGGUAAGUUGGGACGAGAGGCGUGGUGCGCAGGUCGCCGUCGGCGGCUUAGAUGGCGUCGUCACCGUAUUCGAGGCGGGUAAAGGGCUGCAGGGCGGCGCGGGCGAGAGUGGGCAGGAGGAGUGGGUCAAUAUGCGCCGGCUGGUCUCGAGGCUGGAAGGGAAGGGGGCUUGA